AUGUUUCGCUACGAAGUUCAAUUUGCGUGCCUUCUUCUGGAGGAUGCCUUCGGGCCCGUCGUGGCCAAAUGCGCGCGGCUGCUGCUCUUGCACGGCUCGCUGACAGUCCUCGAGCUGCGGGAUUUGUUUGUCGCCUCUUGGUCCUGCACAGACUCGCACCAGUCUCUCUCCUCGUCUUCGCGCAACUCGGGGUCUCUCUUCCCGUCCAGCGCCGCGGUCCACGGGCGCAGAGCGAGCCACUCAGGGAACCAAGAUGCCUAUCCACUUGUUCGCAACGCCCUCCUCGUGCUGCUUCAACACAACCUGCUCACGGUGACGCCCAUCGAGACGCAUGCAGUUGGCGCCCACAGGGCCUCGCCGCAGGCUGCUGGGGCUUCCGCAGACGCAGGUGGCGGCGCGAAAUCUAGCCAGAGACACUCCAGUUUCUCUGCGGGCUCCACGUCUGGCGCGGGGCCGCAGAAGUCGCAGACGGCUCCCAGCGGGGGCAAAGGCCCUGAGGAGCCUGGAAAGGGCGCCGCCAGGUCGACUGCAAAGCCGCGGCAAAGUGGCGAGAACGGCUCCGAUUCGCCUUGUCUCUUCGCGCCCGACGAGGGCCUGGAGCCCGACGAGGGCCUGGAGCCGGACGCGGCCGGGGAGGAAAAGCGGAACGGCGCGGGGACAGACUCCGCCGUCCCCAACGGGGCGACCGCCUCAGGCGCGCAGGACGGCUCAAAGAACGGAGAGAAAAGCUCAGCGAAGGCGGGCAGCGGAUCGUACUCGGAGAAAGGCGGCGCUCGCCCAGACGCGCCGCAGCAGCAGCAGCCGCAUGGACUGAUUCGGUAUUCCCUCAUGCUCGACGAGGUGCUUGUCAGGCUGCGCUACCCGCACUUCGCGAUCCAUGUCCAGAAGACCUGCGGGUUCGAGUGCAGAGUUAUCCUCCUCCAAGUGAUGCGCGCCGGGCGACAGUGCAUCCAAGAGGCCGUGCGCAGCGCCCUAGAGGAUCCCUACACGCACUUUGACGUCUCGGCGGCAUCCGGCGGGGACCCUAAACCCUCUGGCGGGGCGAGCGAGGGCGCGAAGGGCGGCGCCAGGAGUUCGGCCGCCGGCGGCGAGACGGAGACAGGGCCUGGAGCCCUGACGGACCUGUCUCUGCGCCAGGCCUUCCUGCGCCUGAUUUCGUCCUCGAUUCUGAUCCAGGCCGAGCCGCCCCUGCAGGCGGCGAGUGGGGGACAAGACGACGAAGGCGAGCCGGGAGACGGGCGGUCGGUAGGCGCCGGAAGCGGCAAGACGCCAGCAGGACGGAAGCGGGCGAAGUCGGCUGCGGGGGGACGCGUCGCGAAGCAACAGAAGACCGAGCGCGGAGACCGCGGCUCUACUGGCCUGAUGGCUGGAAACGGAGACGAAGACGGAAUGGGGGAGCAAGCGAGUGCCCUCGGAGUGCCGGCGUAUCUUCUCAACCUCCUUGCGGCUCAAGGUCAGCCGCCGUCGGCUGCAGCGCCGCUUGGCGUCUCCCUCGACGACGAGGAAUCGCCGGCGCCAGGCGAGGCCGACUCCUUGUUUCCGUUUGGGGCGCGAGCGGGAGGGACGCGGCGCAUUGGAGGCGGCAGCUCUCUUCAGGCGCAGCAGCGGCUUCACGCGAAGCAGCAGAAGCAGGUGGAGACGCAGCUGCUGGAGAGGCUGGAGGAGCAGCGAGUCCCCUUCCGGGUCAACACUCAGCUUCUCACUCUGGAGCUGUGCAAGCAGGUUGUGGAGAGUUUCAUUCUGGCGCGAGUCGGAGAAAACCGCCUCGCGAGGGCGACUGUCCGCGCCCUACUCGACGGGGGCGUGGAGCUUCUCCACGGUCAACAGGGCGCGGGAAGGAGACAGCAGAGCCAAGCGCUCCAGGCGGAGCAAGAAGCGACGCAGCAGGGCAAAGCGCGACUCAGUCUAGUCUGCAAGUGGAUCAAGUUCGACGCCGUAGAACAGGCCGUGCAGGCCAACUUGGAGAAGAUCGGCGUCAACAAGCAGGCGAUGCAACGGGCGCAGCUGAUUCGGCUCCUGGAGGCGCUUGCCAAGCACCCAGACCGUUUUUUCCAAGCUGCUGUUCACGACGGCCAAUCGAUGUAUAAACUCAACUGGGACGAGCUGCGCGCCGUCCUCCGGCGGAGGCUGAUCUUCGACGCAGUCGUCGCUCGGUGCGGCGAGAAGGCCGGGCGAGUUUGGAGCCUCAUGGCCUGCAAGCACCCCUUCAUGGUGGAGCGAUCUUCGCCCUACUGGGACGAUCAGACGGUGGCGGACAUGGCCCUGUUGCCUCCCCAAGGCGCGCGCAGGAUCUUUUACCUCCUUGCAAGAGAAGGUUUCGCUCGCUUUCAUGAGAGCGAUCGCUUGAGCGCCAGCGCGACGCCUCUCAGUAACAAGCAUGCACUCGUCGUGACGGCCAGCAACGACACAUCGGCCCUGCAAGUCCUGCAGAAUUUCUACCAUAUUGCCUUGAAUCUUCUGGAGCGAAAGCAGGUGGAAGCUGCGCGUCUGCUUCAGCUUCAAACCCGAGCUCAGUCUCUCUCUCCCGAAGAAGUUCUCCAGCUGCGGAAGCGCGAGGCCGCAGAGGACAUUCUCGAGGCUCACUUGCUAGCCAUGUCAGAACCCUUGAUGAUCCUGCGCGACCUCUGA